CUUCCCGCUAAUCUUUACAAAAUGGCGACUGUUGUUGUUUUGCGGCAGGGUCAGUGAAUAACUCCGUUUAUUCUUUUAACAAUUUUCUGCAAUAUUUUGCAGAAAUUGCCAUUAAAAUACGAUAGGCGUCCCUAGGGUCGGCUACGUGUGGACUGAAAUGAAAGGUAAAGAGCGGUCCCCGAUUAAAAAACGCUCCCGGGCCUUGGACGAUAUCCGAGACAGGGGAGGAUGCCACCCGACCAGCAAGAAAAUGGGGGCUCUGUCGGUCUCCAGUGGGAGUAAUAAUGGGAAUAGCUCGUCCAAAGGCGACGGUGGCUCGACGAGAAGAAGCCUGCUCGGUGAGAAAAGAGACAGGGAUUUCGAGGGACACAGUCGGACUGGAAAUAAUCACAGCAGCCUGCAGUCUGCAGCCGCUAGCUCCGUUGGUAAAAACCACAACCUGAGCCUUACCCUGGACUUAGCCUCAGCGAGGACCACCUCACGCGGGGAGCAGCGGGUUCAGCCGCCCAGCGCCGAGAGUGAGUACAAAACCCUGAAAAUAAGCGACCUUGGCACUCAGCUGAGCGACGAAGACAUAGAGGACGGACUCUUUCACGAAUUUAAAAAAUUUGGAGAUGUGAGUGUAAAGAUGAGCCGGAGCAACGACGAGCGGAUCGCGUUUGUUAACUUCAGGAAGCCGGAGGACGCUCGAGCUGCAAAGCACGCGAGAGGGCGGUUGGUGCUGUAUGACCGUCCGCUGAAGAUUGAAGCGGUGUAUAUUAACAGGAGGAGAAGCCGCUCUCCGGUGGAAAGAGACUUGUAUGGAGCUGCUCCAAGCCAUAGACAUUUGCAGAGACCUCUCUCGCCCACCGGGCUUGGAUACAGAGACUACCGCCUGCAGCAGCUGGCCCUGGGUAGACUUCCCCCUCCUCCGCCUCCCCCUUUACCUAGAGAGCUGGAGCGGGACCGGGAGUUUGCCCUGUUUGAAGCGAGGACACGUCCGGCGUUUAUUGCCGAGAGAGCAGCCUUUCGUGAGGAGGAUUUUAUAUCUCCAGAAGAUGACCAAAGAGCAAAUAGGACGUUGUUUUUAGGGAAUCUUGACAUAACUGUUACAGAAGCCGACCUCAGGAGAGCUUUUGACAGGUUUGGGGUCAUAACAGAGGUGGACAUCAAAAGACCUUCACGAGGACAAACCAGCACAUAUGGAUUUCUGAAAUUUGAGAACCUUGACAUGGCUCACCGUGCUAAACUUAGUAUGUCUGGCAAGGUAGUAGGCCUUAACCAAAUAAAGAUUGGCUAUGGGAAAGCGACUCCCACCACACGCUUGUGGGUGGGUGGUCUUGGACCCUGGGUUCCCGUUGCUGCCUUGGCAAGAGAGUUUGAUCGUUUUGGCACCAUAAGGACCAUUGACUAUAGAAAAGGAGAUACGUGGGCCUACAUUCAGUAUGAAAGCUUGGACGCUGCACAAGCGGCAUGCACUCACAUGAGGGGCUUUCCUUUGGGGGGUCCAGAAAGGAGACUCAGGGUGGACUUUGCAGACACUGAGCACCGUUAUCAGCAGCAGUUCUUGCAGCCUCUCCCAAUACCACCAUUUGACAUGGUGGCUGAAUCUUUUGUGCACCGUGCCACUCCUGAACCUCUUAGGGUCAGGGAACGGACUCCACCGCCUCUUCACUUUCGAGAGAGAGAACUUUUUCCUGGAACCGAGUGGCCUAACCCAGCUAUGCGAGAUCGAGUGCGUGCUGCGCCCUUUGAGCCACUGGAACACUUAGAACGGGAACGACGGGCACGGGAACCUUGGUCUUUAGAACGAGAACUUCAGGGGCGAGAACCUGCACGCAAGCGGCGAAUCAUGGAAGAUGGACGCCAUAUAGAUCAUUCCCCUGACAGCACUGACAGGACAGUAAGGCGUCGGCGUGCCUCCCCAGAUGCUAGUCCUGGAGGUAGCAGCAGAGAUGGAGGGCGCUUCAGUGACUCAGAGCGGCCUCAACGGGGAGAGAAGCCCUCCCCUCCAAGAGAAUAUCACAGUAGCCUUGAAAGAGGCGGGGCUGAGCGGAGGCUAAAAAGCCAGAGUCUCUCUGAUAAGGGACCUUCAGGCAGCAGCGUUUCUGCAGUUGGAGAGCGUAAGCGUAAAGCAGGAGAUGGUGGCAAAGUGCCAGCCAAGAGAGAGCGCUCUGAGAGCAGUUCUAAAGGAGGCCAGACAUCUAAAGCAGACAGUACCAAGCUCGGUCUGGCCUGGCAUGGCAUGCUCUUGCUCAAGAACAGCAACUUCCCAGCCAACAUGCACCUGCUGGAGGGGGAUCACAGUGUUGCCAGUGACCUGCUUAUCGAUGGCUCAACAGGGAAGCAAGUGAGCGAGCUCAAGAUCACCCAGCGUCUCCGUCUAGACCAACCCAAGUUGGACGAGGUGUCCCGGCGCAUCAAAGUGGCGGGUCCCAGCGGCUACGCUAUCCUGCUGGCAGUUCCCGGGACCACAGAGGAUACAUCUUCGUCAGACCCAGCGGCCUCAACUCAGCGUCCUCUCCGCAACCUGGUGUCCUACCUCAACCAAAAACAAGCAGCAGGAGUCAUCAGUCUACCUGUGGGGGGGAGCAGAGAUAAAGACAACACAGGGGUUCUUCACGCUUUCCCUCCCUGUGAUUUCUCCCAGCAGUUCCUGGAUUCUUCUGCUAAAGCUCUUGCUAAAAGUGAAGAGGACUAUCUGGUCAUGAUAGUUGUUCGUGGAGCAUCCUGAAAAAAAUCAGAACACACAAAGUUCAAGUGAUGUUAAAAAAAAAAAAAAAACAAUCUGCUGUAUGUCAGUAACUAUUGCAUGCUGUGUGUUCUGCAUUUUGGGGUUACACUAGUAUGGUUCUUGAGUGUUUGUAUGUUGCCAUGUAAUUCACUAAAUGGACAAACAGUGCCCUCCUACCAAACUUAAACACCGUGUGUAUUUGAAAUUAUUUUAAAGGGUGUAAGAAUUGCUUACAAGGUCCUAAACCUACAGUCAAUUUAGUGAGAAUACCGUAGAACCGAAAAAUAAGAGGUGAACUUGUCAAAUAAAUUUUAAUUUCAUUCAAAAAGAGAGAAAACAUCUUGAAAACUAUUUUUAAUUUCCCUACUCAGCUUUGAAAAAUGGAAUGCAGGGGACACAAUAACAGCUCCGUUACAAAAAACAAAAACACAAUCAGUGACCUUGUCGCCUACUUUAAUACUGAAAUGACAUCUCUGUUACAUGGUGUUCAACAGAAACUGAAAAUGAGAAGGUUAACAAAAGUCAGAUUUUUUCUGGUCUCUGAUUCUCUGUUGCCUCAGCCGGACUGUAUUUGUGAUGUUAUUGUGUCUACCUCCUAACUCCACUUAAAGUUUGAAUUACAGUAGAUAACAAGUCAACUUCAAUCACGUUUUGAUGGAUAGGCACAAGAAUGAGAAUGACAUACAUUUCUGAUGUGAAGGUCCAAGUGAAGGUUUAUUGAAUGCUUUGGUACUGCAGCGAAGAUAAUCUUUUUUAAGGGUAAAUUCUGGUUCCAUUCAAAGGUUUGGACGUGUUGCAAAACUGCUCUUCAGCACACCACACUUCAUCCUAGUUUGUUGCUGUCAUGCUUAAGUAUCCAACACAAUGACAACAACAGAGUUUGACAGAUGGGGUGCGGUGAAUUGAAGAUGGGUGGUACACUGUGUUUAAACUUUAAUGGACUUUUCUUGUCUGAAUUUUACGACUUUGUGAGUUCUUAAAAUUGGGAGGACAUUUUGAAGGUCAUUUGAAAAAAAAAUGGUUCAAGAUAAACAACCUCAGACCUUUCAGUUAGCCAGGUUAAAAAAGCUAUUUUAACUGUUACAAAUAACCUCGAGGUUCAUUGUUGAAUUUGGAUAUAUCCUAAUCUAUGUGUUCCUUUAACAUUAGAGCUUCAAAUGACAUCAUAGACAUUAAACCUAAUGUCAGACUAGAGUGUUAUUUAUACUCUGUGGUAUGCUGAACACUAACAAAUGUGACAUUUUUACCAGAGCCAGCCUAUAGCAGUAUGCAUAGCUGAUAAAGCAAACACUUACAUGUUUUUUAAAAUAAUUUCUACUCCGUAUUUUAUUUCAUGCAUCCCUACCUAAGAAAUGGUUGUGACUAAUGAAAAACAGCAGUAGCAAUCGAUAAAAGGCUUAGAGAGCAAUGUGUUGUUUGAUUUAUUGCUCUUCAAUGAGUAAGUCUUUCAAAAAACAAUGACCAGUAUCAGUAAAAUGUCAGUUAAAGUGAUAAAAACCUGCUAUUUGCUCAGUAAGUAGGUUUGUGUAACAGCAGCAGUCUUAGAUUUACUAUAACAGUUAAUGUAUGGAUUUAUUAUUAUGGUUUUGAUGAGAGGAUACUUCUGUUUGCCUACAUCUUCUCAAGGCCUACUUAGUGUACUUUGUUUUUGCCGUUUAUAGUUAACAUGCAACACUAACCUAUCCUGAUUUAUAAUUUGCUGAGUUUGGUUUAAUAUGUAUUGGAAACAUUAGUAUGUCAGAAAAUUGUCAUUUAUGUGGACAUCACAACCACUUCAACGUUGGACUCCUGAGCAGCCCUGAGGGCAGAGCUGCAAACUUCUGCAGAGUGUUUGUGAGUCCUCACUUACGAGGCAGCUUUUUAGUUGUGUAUCCCAUCUGCACCUGUGGUGACUUCUGUUUUAAUUGGAAAAAUGAGCAAUGUACACUUUGAUGUCAUGGGAGAGGAAAAUCCAUAGAGCCCAUGCGAAGCUGUUCACAUACCUGCAAGUGCAUUUGGGCACUUAUUGUGACCGAUUAUCAAUAAAUUGUUCAUUUGAAGGGAAACAUGUUUCUUCGAUGGAAGUGAAUUGAAGAAACACGCUGCCAUACCUUAUUGUGUUCCAAGGAGUUUUACUUGAGAUUUUGUUUCUGCACACAAAAAAGGGAGACGAUUUGCAGUUUGAUUAGCACCUAUGAAGAGAGAACCUGAUCUCGUGUGAGGAUCGCUGUUUGCUUAGUGGCCUGUUCUGGGCUAUUAAGUUUUCCAUCACAAAUUACUUCCCUCUGAUCCCUGGUUACACCCUCAACUGUUGCUGUUGGCAUGUGAACACCUGAUGAGGAUCGAGGAGCGUCCGCUGCUGCCCUUUGUCUGCAGCCAGAAUCCAGUUUGCAGAGGCAGAUUCAGACGACAGAGCAGUUUUGGAAUUGAAGGCUGGAGCAAACAGCAGCAUGUGCCGGUGUCCUGUUGUCGUCCUCGUAAUUACUCUAAAGGUCUUGUGUUCAUUGUUCCUGGUUCUGAGUAGGAGCAGAGGAAGCUGGCCGUCACACACUCCACUCAAGAGAUUGUGUGUGACAUCGCCCUGAAAGUCCGUAGCUCCCUCAUCUCAGGGUGUCUCACUGCAGUGGCUGUGAUGAACCUCUGGGCUGAUUCUUCAUUUUUUUAUGCUUUGCCCCAUUAUGAUUUGAUUCGAUCAAACAUUUGGCUAAGGGAGGAGGAGGAUUGGCCUAAACCUCAGCUAGGAAUAUCGUUUGCUCCUCCUCUGAUUGAAGCCUCUCUGAGGAAAUAAGUGAAGAGGUGUGUCUGCUCCAUUGUCAUCAAGGUCUGCAGCAGGAUGGAGAAGAAGUACAAACAGGCCAAAUUGUUCACCCUAUUUGACAUUGCUGGAAGGAUCCAAACCCUCUCCCAAAUUUUCCAAAGGAGACUUAUUUCUUCUGCAGUUCCCCUCUUAUUACAGUUAAGGCCACUUUAUACAGAAAAGAAAGUUUACCCACCCCUUUGCCAUCUAUUUUAGUGCUGAUAGUGUGAAAGCAAAAGCUUUAUCCUGUGCUAAGAAGGACCCCUUCUCUCACGAGGGGAACAUUGCCAUCUUGAGGACCACGGAGUGCCUGUUUACCCUUCUCAGCCCACCCCUGCAAAAUUACGCUCAUGCAUUCCCAACACCCGGGACAAGCUGGUAUCACUAUGUGAACACUGUAUACAAUCAGCACGAGGGUGAGUAAGGAGAAAAUGUGCUGCCUGCCAGGUCUGUAUUGCUGGCAUGGGCAGCAGUGGUAAGUUUCAAGUUUCAACAACACAUGUUUUGUAAUUACAAAUGCAACUUAGCUAAGUGUCAUUUUUACACAAAGCCGUUACUGAGGUCAUUACUUUUUAAAGUUCAAUGAUGGUCUAAAUGUAGUUGUACAUUACCCACAGCUAAUAACAUAAUUGAGAUCAUUUAAUGAAUUUUAAUACCUAAUUUGUGCCUGUCAGGCUAUAAACUUGAAAAAUGGUGUUCACUAUGAGCAAAAUACAUGUAAAAGUUUAAGAUCAAAGUAGGUGAGUAUUACUCUUAGGCUGUAGCAGCCCCUGAUGAAAUGAAAAGGCACUUCUCAUGUGGUUUUCUAAUUCAGUACAGAUGUUAAACCAAGUGAGGAUUAGUAUAAUUGACUUCAAGACUGGUGCAACCAAUUAAAAAACACACUGUUGAAAGAGUUAAUGAAACCGGACGUCUCUAAUGGUGUGUGUCAAGAAUACAGAUUCAAACCACUUUAAUUUGUAGACUUGUAUUUGUUAAUAGUGACUUCAUCAGUAAAGUGCUUGGUCAUUUUGUUAAUGUUAUUAUCCUGCCUGAGACAGGUAUGUUUUUUUCCUUGCUCAAGCUUUGUAAGCAUAACUGUCCAUUAUCUUUAUCAACUUUAAUUUAAUUCAAAGGACUUGAAGCAGAAGAACAUUUGUUCUCCCGUACUAGAGGUAUUUAAGAUAGUUGCACAAAAAGGUUAAAGGCAUGUUAAUGAAAUUAGAAAAAUAAAAUAAGAUCAUAGGAGUUACACGAGUUUGUUCAUUCACCAAAUGCAAACAGUUGCAAAUGAUUUUUUCUUUAAAAAAUUAUUUGCUGUAAUAUAGAUACAUAAAUGUACAACUUAAUGCUUAACAAAAAUAGGAGAAAUAUGGACAAAUGGAAAUUAAAAGUGUCAAGAAAUUAGGUGUGUCUUAUUAGGCUAGGAAGUUAUGAAAAUAUUCAACAUUAAAAACACAAAUGGGGCAAACCUCAAACUGAAUCUGGUCAGAGUCUGAGCUGUCGCUACAAAUAAUAGUUUCUGUCAGCUUCUGUAAAGCUACUAAAUCUUAAAUUUGUGCCUUUUAUUUGUACAUCUGAAUGCUUCACAAGUGUAAACUGGUGUAAAGGGUUUGAUAAAACAACCACUGUGCUCAACACAUCUGGUUCAGGAUAUUUUCCUCAUGCAGUAGAUCUGAGAAAGAUAAUCUAAUCGGACACACAUCAGUGAAAGUUACAGAUAUGAUGUUAUUAAUUGGAGUGCUCUUGACUUUAAGGAGUUAAUUAAAAGAUAGACUGCAUCUGUUCAAUGCUUUCUUCUGACCACUCAGAGUUUUAAAUGUCAGCUUUCACUUAUAUAUCCACAUGGUGACAUCAGGGGCAUCUGUGUAAAGUGUCAGGCUACCAGUCAGGGACUAGAUUAUUUCACCCAGCUGUACAGACUGUCCACUGUUGCAGAGGUUCAAACAUGUUGGUAUGUUUCCCACACAGAGUUCCACUGGGCAGCAGACGGUGCAGCAGACAGUACAACAGUUUCCUGUCCUGUCACACUUCAGGUGUCAUCUACUGUAAGUACAUCUCUUUUAUCUUAAGUAUAAUGACUCUCUAAAUGACAUUUGUAACAUUUUCACUCUGAUGAUAACCAUAGGUAUUUAUAAGUCUUCUUGUAAGUGUAAAUGAGAGAAUGAAUAUUGUAGGUGAAUGUGUUUUUUAUUUUUAUGUAUCUAAAUAAAUUGUCCAUACAACCUGUAAAGAAAUGACUCUCGAGUGUUUAUUGCAUAGGUAGAAGUUGCAUUAUUUGCUCACAAUCACAACAACAGACUUAAGUCACAUGUCAGUUUAUUGCUUUUGACUGUGCACUCUUACAAGACUUAAAAAUGAGCCUCAAGCACUUGCAACAUGAUAUCCAUGAUUUCUUAAGCAUUUUCUAAACUAUCAGUUCAUAAAAAUAGGAGCUGGAGUUGAGACAUAACAGUGCUUCACCCAUGAUUGCAUAUGCAGCACAAAAACAAAUCCAACACCAUCAAACAGAACUCAGUUCCUCAUCAGUGGUGUUUGGGAUGUUACCAAAGAAUCAUUGCUCAAACAUACAGUUCCUUCCAAAAUCCUGUUAGCUAAGAAGUAAAAUAAUCCUAAACCAACAUUUAUUUUUAAAGCAUCAUAUACCCUCCAGAAAAGAUUUAUCAUGGUACAAAAUAUUCAGUGGUCCUCAAUCACAAAAGCAAACUGGUGGUGAAUGCAACUCGUGAGCCAAAAGAGCUUUUGUGCAUGACUGUAGUUAUUGAAACAACACAAAGAGCCUUGCUCAGUAUUGUGAAAGUGAGCUGAGGGGGAAUAAUUCAGUACUAAUUGAGACAGCAUUCUUUGAGUAGUAGCGAUGUUCUGCCACAAGAGGGCAGCACGAGCAAACAUAUCCUUACCUUUUUUUCUUUUCUUGCAUCACCCCCCCCAAGAGCUAAAACUUGGAAUUGACUGACUGAUGCAGUCUUAGUGGUUUCAAUUGUUAAACCCUUUUAAACUUUGUACUGUUUUAAGAAGUUGCUUCAAGUUGCAGGAAGGUUUCUAACGUGUCUUUGGCUGACAUCACAGGAAAGUUAGUAAAGAUACAAAGAUGUACCUAGUAAGGCAAAGUGGUGAAAAACAAGGAACCCAUCAAAAAAACAACAAAAAAAAAAACCAAACUCUCUUUACUCAAAAAGAGAUUCCACAACCAUAAAAACUCUCACAUUUAAACACAGCACAACUAUUUAAAUUGCAUUUCCAUUAAUUGGCUGCCUGCAGGCACUGUAAAGGUUUGGCAAAUGUUUUCUACCGGCCCAGUUUGGACACAAAAUAUUUGUACAGGCAAAUUAAACAAAAUAACUUGUAACACAGUUGGUCAGGGAUUCGCAGUUACACAGGGAUGAUAAAGUUGACAGAACUGCACAUAAUCGCCAAGAAACCUCUCAGUGGCUCCUGUGACCAUAAGAACCGUUUUGAUGAAAACAUUUUAAACUUCAUUCAAACUAGCUCUCUUUGAGGAGCCGCUGACUUUGAUUCAGUGAAAAUGAUGCACAUUUCUGUCAGGGGAAUCACUCUCUGGGUGAGUUGCAUAGAUCAGCUCAAAAGCUGUGGGCAUUGCAUGACCAAUGUCAUCUGCGGGUGCUGCUAAGAAAAACAUGAAUGUUAUUUAACUUGAAUGAUCAUAACUGACAAACACAAAUUAAACUUUUUUUCUAGUAACAAAAACUUAAUGAUAGAGAUUUUGAUAAAAAAAAAAAGAAGUGUGCAUGCUGAAAUGCAACUGCGAACACGAUAAACAGUUUAAAUGCAGAUUUUAGUCAACAAGAGUCAUUUGAAGCACUUAAAUAGUUUGAAUGAUCAUUGUCAUUGUGCGUAUUGAAAAUAGCGGAGGUGUUAAAAACAGAUCAAAACAGUGUAACAGAGGUUAACAUGGGAAAUUGAAAUAUAAAUUGGUUCUAUGUAGGAAACAGCAUGCAAGCACUGAGUGUAGUAAAGUGACAGCUGAACAACACCAAGUUAAGGCAGUAAAAGAGAUGUAACUGUCAUUUUGAUAGUCAACAAUGAUGAAGCUAAAGAGAUGGUCCAAAAGACUCCAAAAGAUUCAAAAGACCCAGUUUAAAUGUUAACCAGUGACAGAAGCUGAAAAAAAGAUGCUGAUGCGUCAUGACAGAACACCUAACAUUGUUUAUGAACCACUUUGUAUCAAACAGGGCUCCACCCUCAGGCCCUUUAUUUAUUUUGCCAGUACCAGCUGGCAGCUUAUUGUGCUAAAAUGGGUUGGAUUUGACGUUAAGGCCUGAAAUAGCAGCCUUCAGUAGUCUGUAAAUGCUCAAAUCACCCUGCAAAUUUUGAUGACACUUCUCAAAACAAAAGCUCGUCACCCUGUUUUGCUUCUGACUCACUCACUGCGGUUUCACUAUGGCAAAAAAUGAAAGAGACGGACAAAGCUGGAAUGUCAAAACAAGGUUCAUCAGCUGACAGCGAUGCCACCUGAAAUUAAGGGACUGAAGGGAACGUUUUUGUGGGUCAACUACUUUGUUAGCCUAACCAGAUAUUUAAUGUCAGCAGCACCAAUUUCCUUGAUUUCAAAAUUUGCUCAAAGCUUAAACUGCCAGAAAAACUGCUAAGUAUGAGGAAAACUAAAGAAGAGUUUUGAGUAGAAAGGAUAGGAUCUGGAUAAAAGUGUGAGUUAGUUUAGAGGGUUUUAGAGAAAGAGUAGAGAAGGUUGAAACUUGUAAAGUCCUAUCCAUUGAUUUGAUUAAGUAAAAAAGUUCUGAGAAUAAUACCCAAAAGCUGAGCAGAGCACAGAUGCCCUCAAUAAAUUUGACCGAAUAGAAUUGAAGAAAUAGAAAAUGUCCAGAGUAUUAGGAUAUUCUGUCAAUAGAGAGUAUGUGUGCACGGCAGAGAUGCUGCUCAAGCCAUACCUCUAAAUGCUUGCAUAUGCCAUACAAUCUACCUUUGUGCCUAUGCAUUAUUCAUGUCAGGGCAAAAGAGAUAUUUCCUCUAUCAAACUAUGAAGCAGUUGCUGCAUUUGGCUUUGCAACAGGAUUAGAUAUUGUGCUAUAGGAGCAGGCUGCAAUUAAGUGAUUACAAGUUCAGUAUUUUAACUUUCCGGCAGUUUGAAGCCAGGGAAAAUGUCAUGCAGCAUAAUUACAACCAGAUUAAGAGCACAUAUCAGUGAGUACAAGUUUACAGAUACAGAGCAGUUUAUAAUGAAAUGAGGUGAAGAUAAUUUUUUCAGAAAUAAAGUAGACAGAGAUAAAAAUAAAAUGAUGACAAUAAAAAAAACUCAAAGGGAGGAUUUUCAGCUCAACUGCAAAGUGUAGCAACUUGUGCAACUGAAAAAAUGACUGCAAACUGAGUGCAUAUUGGAGGAUAGAUUUAAAUCAUGUCUGAAUAAUAUACAGUCGCAAAGCUGUAUUAAAAUGUGUAGGAUGAUAUAUGCAAGUAGGUUUGGAUGCAUGUUCCUCAGAUAAGGACAAGAUAACUCAAAUUUGGCUUUUUCAGAGUUCAUCAGAUUCGUCUUGUCACCCAUGUCCCAUUUACUGAGAGUUCUCAGACAUCAUGUAGAGCUCCCAACACUUUUUUGUCGUUGGCCACUGUUGCACCCCUGCUGAAACUAAGGGUCACUUGGGUCCGGACUUUAAACUGAAGUCCAAGGUCCAAGUUAUGCAGGCCUAUCAAGUUCUGAGCAUGCUGGUUCACGACUAAAGGCCUUCCCUGGGAUUCAUUCCUACACAGCGCCGUUCUGCAGGUGGUCUGGGGUGAAGCAGCCGUUGGUCUUACAGCUGCUUUCCGCUCUCUUGUCCCGGGUCAGUUUGUUCCGGGCCUUCCAGCGCUGAGCCAGCGGCUCCAAGAACAGGGAGAGGGAGGAGAGCAGAUAGCAGAGUCCCGCCAGGUAGAAAGAACAGUCAUAGGUCUGAGUGUAGUCAUACAAGAAGCCUGUAAACACAAAAACCUGUCAGUGUCUGACUUUCCAUCAGGACCUACACUGUAGAUGUUUACUCUAUUGUAAUAUAACUUUAUUUAGAUAUACAGUGGAGAUGAGCUGAGGUAACAGUGGUGCAUUUGUGAAGCUUUCACAUGGGAUUUAACUGAUGGUUAAACACCAUCACUGUCAUUAUGGAUACUUUGUUACCAUAGAUAUUUAUGCAAACAAAAUUUAGUGCAUUUUCCUCUCACACAUAUAAAUAAAAUAGUAAAAAAAAUUCUAUCAACCACAUCCUAGGAUCAUGUUUUGAAUAUGAUUGAGCAGACCAUUGCUGGAUUUUUAACUGUUAUAAUCUUUAAAAAAGUUAAUCACAGUUCAUAAGACACUGAUCAUACGAGCUUUAUGUCCCAGACACCUUACAAAUGAUUAGUCACCACUCUGUAUAAAGAGUUUGCAGUUAACUUCCUUGUAAUAGUUAAAUAUUGAUAGUUAUCAAGGCACUACGUUGUCCUUAAGGGUGAGUUUUUCCACAAGAUUUUCAGAGGCUUUAGUCCUCAGGUGGGCACUGGUGGCCUGGAUUCCAACCUGCAUCCCUUUCCCCGUAUCUUUCUCCCCUAGUUUCCUGCUCUAUCUGCUGUCUUUAACUCUCUGAUUAAAGGCAUCAAACCCCAAAAACACAACAAAAAAAAUUAAUGAUUAUAUAGUUUAAUCUAAACAUCUCCAGGGUUUCCAGGCUGUGAAAUCUCUUUGGUUUGUGUUAGUUGUCAUUUUGGUUAAAUCACUUUUCUUUUGUUUAGAUUUGAUUCACUACUAAAAUUGAAACAGUGAGUGAAUGUUUGUGUAUGACAAACUUAAUACAACCUGAACUUGAUAACCCAUGUUUUCCUCGACGCUUAUAAAGACAUACAACAUUAAAGGAACAGGCCCCUAUUUUAUUAAGUGGGGUUGUAUGAGGUACUUGUCAGAACAAAUUUAUUACCCACAGGGGAUCACGGUCAGCUCAGUCUCUUUGUUGAGAAACCAGCUGGAGGACCUAAACAGAUGCUGUGCUAUCAACGACUGCAGGUUUGGUCAUGUCAUUUAGCUAAGGUGAUUGUAGGUGUGUGCUCUCUCUAGAAAUCAUUCAGUGCUCUACUUUUUCAUUGUUUUUGCACCAUUUAUAAAUGUGGCACAUAGGUGUUCCACUGCCUAUAAUGAUCAGAUGAUCAGUACAAAACAGGGAGAAAUGACCACAUUCAGCUGUUGGUGAGACUGUGACAAAGUGUUGGUGCAAUCCCAAACCUUCAGUUCAGGGAGGGAGCAAACUUUGACCGAUGUAAAUUUUUCACUCUAACUGCAGUCAUGGUAAACAGACUCACGCUAUUUCUGUACUGCCCUGCAGCAGGCAGAGGAACAUGAUAAAGUUGCAUCUGCAAAUAGUGCCGAUAUAAACAACUCUUUUGACAGCAAAGUAAAGCGCAAAUUAUUUUGUAAAUUGAGCACACACUUAAAACUGAUAUUAGUUUUAGUUCCAAAUGUUGUUAAAAUUGGGAUGUGUCAGCAUUGACCCCGUCUGCACUGGUUGGUGGCUCAUCGUCGAUGUUGGAUUUCAGCCCAGGUGGAUGUAAACCUGGCUAUCCCUUUACUAAAGUAAUUAAAUUAUAAAAAGCCCAACAUCAAAAAGGCUGACAAACUAGAGGGUAAGCUUGUGUUUGUCAAAUAUUUUGUUACUCAUGUCACAAUGAAGUUUUUGCUUGUGAAUAAUAAUCAAAGUAAUUCAAUAAAAUGUCACUUGAAGGUGUCUCAAAGACGAUACUCCCCCAUGUUGAGAUAUCAGAUUUUGAUCAUGUGUGAUCUCAUUGUAAGCUAUACCGUAGGUGACGUCACGUAUCCUGAUUUCCUGUGUUGUCUGUUUUCUUUUGCCACGUUGACAUUUCCAUUCAGACAGGUAAACUAGUGUGACAUCAAAUGCCCCCCAGUCAAAAAGGCAAGUUUGACCACAAUAAAGCUGUAAGUGAGACAGUUAAUACACACAAGUAAGACGAGUCCACCCUUUGGCCUGAGGGCGGGACCAAACUUUGACUGACGUCAGUUUUUUCACUUUAACUGCAGGGAUGGUAAACAGAGCCACAUGCUAUUUCGGUACUGCCCCAAAGAAAGUCAUUAGUCACAUUUCAACCCUCAAAUCCAUUAGCUCCACCGAGGGGAUUGCUCAAUAUCCUGGGAAGGGGCCAUGUGGGUUCAAGGGACCCCCUCCCUCCAACCAACCACACAUACACAUUCUCUUUAACUGAGGCCAAAUGUUACCUUCCAGGGCAUUACCUGGAAAAACCUUACACACAUGCAGAAAAUAAAGUGCAUGGUAUUUGUUUAUCAUGUUACGCCAUGCUGCUUAGGUCUGGAAACUGUUUUGGUUCCUCCCUGAGCUCAUGUUUAACGGAUGAUAGACGUCUUGGCAUCUUUUUUUAUUGUGAGGGUGACCCAGAAAAAAGUUUUAUGAAUAGCUCUGUGACAACUGAAGGUAACAACAACAACAAAAAAAACUGUAACAGAGAAAACAAUUUCAAAUAAGGCAGAGCUCUAUAAGACGAACAAAGGCAGUCUGCCAUCACUCAAACAAAGUAAGCCAAACCCAGCCAUGUUAUUUUAGCUCCACUUGCUUUUAGACAGGGGCGGAAAUUUGACCCAGUAACCCCCAUAUGCAUUUUCUUCAAGGCAGCCCCAAAAACCCAGUCUGCACCGGGGGGGCUCACUAACCAAAGGUUGUUUUUCUCCUGUGUGUUUUCAUCCUUCACAGUGACUAAAGGCAGAUACACAUUUGCACAUACUGCAAGGAAUUCAGGGCCCCAUGAAAACAUGUGUGAAUGCACCCCCUAAAAAAUACAUCUUCAUAAGAAAGGCUUUUCGAGCCGGCCACAGCCACUGAUCCCCCACUAACUCACUCCAUUUGGUGAGCUCACACACACACACACACACACACACACACACACACACACACACACACACACACACACACACACACACACACACACACACACACACACGCAAAGAAACAUUAAAAACACUUGUCAAAACUUGCCCUGUGUAACGAUUCACCAACAACCGCAGCUUCAGGGCCAGUUUGUAUGCAGGUUUGUCAUUGUGUGCAUAUGAAAAGUAGGUUAGCACAUGUCCAAAUUGUUUUAUUUCCUUUUCAUGAGGUCAUCCACUCACCUGCAAGAGGAGGCCCUGUGAGGCAACCAAGACCCACAAAAAACAUGGAGAAGCCCAUGGAGUUGUUGAGUUUCUCUGCGCCCACCAGAUCCACCUGCAGGGAAGAAAAGUACAACAUGACAUCCGACAUCCAACUCUGCAACCUGUUACCCAUUUGUGUAUUUUUGAUAUAGAAAAUUUGACAUGAAAUGGUUGUAUUACUUUUAAUGGUGCUCAGUAUCAAAUGCCAACAAGAAAAAAACUGUGGUUUGAACAGAUAUUGAACAGAUAGAUACUAAGCAAUUGGUACACCAUCAUUUGAGAAUGGUGUACAAAGAAAACCACAACAGGUCCCAAAUGAAAGUCUGACUAUAUGGAGUUGUGAAAGUUAAUCUAGUAACAACACAGAGCCAUGGUGAUUGGUAUAAGGAAGACAGCUCAAACGUGUUCAUACAUUCAUCCAAAUAUUCAAAGUCAAUGUCAGCAUACUUGAGGUGAUUAAAACAAGAACCAGACCUUGUUUCUCAGAGGAAAUAAAAAUGUCUGGGAAAACUGUGAUUUACAACAGCAGAAAGAAGUUUCAACCAUAAAGGCACUCCGGGAGCGCUGAUCUAAAUAGUCCGUUUUGAUGUCAUGAGAAUGUCUGCGAGAGAAACCACCGAACAAAUGUCUGGAUAAUUGUUUGCUAUAAGAAGCUAUAAACUAUAG